AUGAAGUUGCUACUAAUAAUUCGCAUGCUCCUGAGGGGACGGCGGAGAUUUUGGAAAACCUGUGCGGCGGGGACGCUUCUUCUUCGGUUAUCCAUGUUUAACAUCCUCUGUUGGAAUUGUAGAGGUGCGCGUAAGAAAGAGACGAGGUUCUACUUACGGCACUUAAUUGGAACCCAUAAUGCUAGUUUUGUUGGCCUGAUGGAGACUAAAUUGGAGAAGAUAUAUCGGAAGGACGUUGACAGAUUUGCUGGGAGAGAUUGGGAGUUCGAAUAUCAGCCUUCGAUUGGUAGAGCUGGGGGCAUCCUUGUCCUGUGGAGGAGCAGUUGUUUCUCUUUUCAGAUUUCUUUCAAAGCGGAGCAAUGCCUUAUGGGGAAGAUCACGCGGGCGAAUGGGAGCUCGUGGGAUGUGGCUGUGGUAUAUGCCAGCAAGAACAGGUGCAUUAGACGUACGAUGUGGGAGGAUAUUUCCACUCGCCGUGACCAGCGCCUCCCCUUGCUUGUUGGAGGUGAUUUUAACUGUAUCUUGUGCCAGGAGGAUAAAAAAGGGGGAAGGCCUUUUCUUAGCACUCCGGCCACUUGCGAUAUGGCCGAGUUUAUGGUAACAAAUGAUUUGGUUGACCCUGGGUUUGUUGGGCCUGCUUUCACUUGGACGAAUAAUAAAGAUGCGAGGAGUAAGAUAUUUUUUAGACAAGACAGAUUCCUUGUCAGCUCUGACAUUUUGGAUAGGUUCCAGGAUUUGCGUGUUGAACAUCUGACUAGGCUUGUGUCGGAUCACUGUCCUAUCCUUUGUAGGGUGCAGGAGGUAUCGAAGCGCACUUACUCACCGUGGAUCAGAUUUGAGGAUGUUUGGCUGAGCUUUCCUCAAGCUUGCCACUUGGUCAUGGAGAAGUGGACGGUGGCUGAUUUCGGGAGUGAGGCUGCACAACUACAGAGAAAGUGUAAUAGAACGCUGAAGGCUUUGUUCUUCUGGAGCAAGGAGAAAUUCAGGCGACUCAGCCAACUUAGGGCGGAGUUGGAUACUGAGGUUAGGACCUUGCAGGAGUUGGAAGGUAAAUUGCAUGGGCUAAAUUCGGUCCAGACUGAAAGUUUGCGGUUUAAAGUGCAACUCUUGAAUUCCACAUUAGCCCGCAUUAUGACUUGGUGGAGAUAG